AUGGUCUACUUCGCAUACAACCACAUCGCCUUCAUCAGCCUGUUGGCACUUACAGCCAUCAAUUCAGGAGAAAUACCAGGAAUCAUGUCGGAUCUGGAAAAUGCAGAAGGCAGAGUACAAAAUCUUACAGAAAAGAUUCUCAGUCAAAAUGCAAGCUUACGAGGAGAAAUAGAAAAGUAUACAGACUGUCUGGAAACUGCAUACACAUACAGUUGGGGACAAGCGGCAUUCACCAAUAUAUUUCAAAAUUUUCCUAGAGAUGCUAAUGAGAAAUUAGGCGAUGUAAAAAACUGUGUCGAACAAGAGGCCUCAGCAUAUCAGAAGAAGAAGGCGGCGUUCCCCACAGACAAAUGUUUCGAAAAUCUGCCUUCAGCGCGUUACGAAGAUCUGGAUCAACUCAAUAAAGAUAUUUAUCAAUUAUUUCAAGUCAAAUACCGAUUUACCAUUGAAACUUAUAAUAGAAAUGUGUACGAAAGCCAACUGAAGAUGUUGCUAAAAAAUUGA